ACAUAGCCUUCUGCCUCUGUGCCCAGCUGUCAGCACCACAACGCUCACUUGCUCCCUUCUGCUUGCCCAGGCUGGGUAAGUAAACAGCGCCCUGCUUAGAGAGGCCUUGUUCUCCAGCGUGAUUGCGCCAACACUGCUCUGCGGCUUUCUCUGCUUGGCUUGGGUUGCUGCUGAUCUUCCAGAGGUGAGCAGAGCAAUGGCUGCAAGUGGAGCCAGGAGCCAGGAGGGCUGCCGGGAACAUGCCUUCGUCCCCGAGUCUUUUGAUGGGGCCAGUAUGGCCCCCAGCCUUUGGCUGCACCGCUUUGAGGUCAUUGAUGACCUCAACCACUGGGACCACGCUACCAAGCUCAGGUUCCUCAAAGAGUCGCUCAGUGGAGAUGCUCUAGAGGUCUACAACGGACUCAGUGUCCAGGACCAGGGGGACUACGGGACUGUGAAGGAGGCCCUCCUGAGGGCUUUCGGGGAGCCCGGGGCUGCACGCAGCCGCCCCAAAGAGAUCAUGUUUGCCAACAGCAUGGGUAAGGGCUACUACCUCAAAGGGAAGAUCGGCAAAGUGCCCGUGAGGUUCCUGGUGGACUCCGGGGCCCAGGUCUCUGUGGUCCACCCAAGCUUGUGGGAGGAAGUCACUGAUGGCGAUCUGGAUACCCUGCGGCCCUUUGAGAACGUGGUGAAAGUGGCUAACGGAGCCGAAAUGAAAAUCCUGGGCGUCUGGGAUACAGUGGUGUCCCUGGGCAAGCUGAAGCUGAAGGCCGAGUUCCUGGUGGCCAACGCGAGUGCUGAAGAAGCCAUCAUCGGCACCGAUGUGCUGCAGGACCACAAUGCCGUCCUGGACUUCGAGCACCGCACCUGCACCCUGAAAGGAAAGAAGUUCCGCCUCCUGCCUGUCGGGGGUUCCCUGGAAGAUGAGUUCGACCUGGAGCUCAUCGAAGAGGAGCCCACAGAGGAUGGGCGGCAGGAGCUCUCCUAUUAAGCCCCCUAUUCCUCCCCCCAUAUUGGUUGGGAGACCUACAGAUGUGGGGGGCACAUAAUCUCAGGGAAGUUUCCGGGUUCGGACCAUCUCU